AUGUCUCCUGGACAAGCUUUGAUGUCAGGGAUGGAUGUGAGAGACCGACUAGUGGAGGAGAUUGUACUCCUAGCGCUGUUCCUGGUGUCAACUGCGGCCAACUCGUUGGCUUUACUUGUUUUCUGCCGUCGACCGGGACUUAGAACUAUAUCAAAUCGGUUCGUCAUCAAUCUACUUGCGACGAAUCUUUUGACGACCUCACUGCUGGCGCCCGCGCUGUUUGGCGAGCACUCUGCGCAGGAGGACAUCCAGUCGUGGGUGGAGGCGGGAGACGCGGCGGCGGCCGCAUGCAGCCUCUCCUCACUGCUGUCCAUCAUGCUGAUAGCACUGGACCAGCACCACGCCGUCACCGACCCGCUGCGCUGCCACACCCGGCUGCUGCAGCGCCGGCCGGCCGCGCUAUGCGCUGGGACCUGGCUCGCAGCCGCUUGCGCAACUGCUAUCCGCGCAGCCAUCGCCGUGGUGCGCCACUUGUGCCCGCUCGAGCCCGUUGUGCAGGGAGUCGAGCUGGCCUACUACAUCGUGUACUUAAUACUAGGAGUAAUUACACCAAUCGCCAUCGUGUGCUUCAUGUAUGCGAGAAUAUACCGCGCGGCGCGCUCAUCCGGCCUCCGUGCGCGAGCACAUGGUGCCAGCGCGCUGCAACUACACGAACCUCCCACGAUCCUACCCGAUCUUGCUGAGGAGGGAGAGGGACUAACCCUCAAAAUUGACGGGCCUGAGUGCUCCGUAACCGUAGAAAGCGAGAGGAAAUUCGGGCCAUUCCUAUUACCACCCGAACGACCAGUGCGAUGCCCAUCCGUUGCCAGUCUACGCAAUUCCCGUAAGGAAGGAAAGUCUAACGAGGAUCUGAGGAAGGGGCUGCCAGCUGUCAGCUCAGCACCUUCACUAGCGGCUCCAUUGUUAGCCGUGCAACAGCGCACGCCGCAGCCUAGUCAUAGUGGGUCCAGAAUCACAUCAAUCAGGUGUCGCAUAUCAAACGCGUCACUGUUUAGAUAUAGAGAAGAAUCUCGGGCGGCCCGUGUUGGGCUGCUGACGGGUGCCCUGGUGAUGUUGCACGUGCCGCACGCUGUGGCCGCCGUGGUGUCGGCAGUGAUGCCAGGAUUGGCGGACUGCGCGCGCACUCCUUCGCUGGCGCUGUUAUUACUAGCGUCGGCGUUAUCACCGUUCCUAUUCGCGCUGCGCUCACGGCGCGUACAAAGAGAAGCGCGCAGAUUACUUCUGCCAGAGAAAAGUGCUUGGGAGAGAGCGUCAGGGGUCGCGUCUGCGGCGGCGGUGGACGGGCAGCGCGCACGGGCUGCUCUCGAGCUGCUGCGCACACUGUCCCCGGGCAGCAGCGCGCCCGAGUCGGGCACCAGCAGCAGUGGGGAAGCGUGCCGUGGCUCGUUCAGCUCGGGCGGCAGCACGCAGCUGUCGUCCGCGUCGGACGAGUGA